AUACCGGGAAACGGAGGGAGGGGGCAGACGGGCGAAGGAGGAUAUGGAUAAGGCAGACAGGAAAUAUUUCUAUCUUUCCUAGAACAGCACGAGAGGGCCUGCUUUCCAGUGGUGUGAUAAAGUAAGGCACCGUCAGGACGAAAUCAGAAGAGAAUGGAAGGGCUUCAGAGGAGCAGAUACGGAACUAUGGCUGAAGGUGCAAUAGAACCUGAGCGCUUUGCAACCUCGUCCUCUCUGAGGAUCAUCCUGGUGGGUAAAACAGGCAGCGGGAAAAGUGCCACCGGGAACAGCAUCCUGUGCCAGCCAGCGUUUGAGUCCAGGCUGGCGACCCAGUCGGUGACCAGGAAGUGUCGGGGGGCAACGGGCACGUGGAACGGGAGGAGCAUCCUGGUGGUGGACACGCCCCCCAUCUUUGAGGCGAGGGCCCAGGACCAAGAGGUGUACGAGAACAUCGCGGACUGCCACCUGCUCUCGGCCCCGGGGCCUCACGUGCUGCUGCUGGUGACCCAGCUGGGGCGCUUCACAGAGCAGGACGUGGUGGCCGUGACCGGGGUGAAGGAGGUCUUUGGGGCGAGAGCCCUGAGACAUACGGUCCUCCUCUUCACGCACAGGGAGGACUUAGCGGACGGGUCCUUGCAUGACUACGUAGCAAACACAGACAACCUCAGGCUGAGGGGCCUGGUCCGGGAGUGCGGGCAGAGGUACUGCGCCUUCAACAACCGGGCCUCCGGGGACGAACAGAGGCAGCAGCUGGCCGCGCUGGCGGCCGUGGUCGAGGGGCUGCAGAGGGAGCACCGGGGCGCCUACCUCAGCAACGACCUCUUCUUUGAUGCCCAGCGGCUCCAGCAGGGCGGGGGCGACCCCCGUGGAGAAGGUCACGUGCGCUACCUGGCCAGGGUGCGGUCGCACGUGGCAAAGCAAAGGCGAGACCUGAGAGAGGCCCAGAGGAACCGUGUCUUCAAGGCGCUCCUCCAAGUCAAAACCUGGGUCGUUUCUCACCUCAGAAUAUCUGCUGUUCUUGUUAUAUGCUUUUUGAGUUUUCUUGCCGUUUUAAUUAGCUUGUGUAGCACUCACGAAUGCUGAGCAUUCUCAGAUGAUAACCUGCCAUCAGCUUCCAUUUUUCAGAGUCGGCAUCUUUGUCUAUAUUGAUAAGGAACUUUAUUCGCUUUUUACAUAAUUUCACUUUCAAUUUCCCUUCCUUGCAUCAGACACACCGUCCAUUUUCUUCAGUUGCUUUUUAUUUUCCAUCCACCUGACCCAUCCAUAGAUCAGUCCAGAGCAGCCUGUUGCCCGAUGUCUGGAAACAGUUCUUUUACACAGGCAUACCUCGGAGACGUCGCAGGCUUGGUUCCAGACCACCACAACAAAGUGACUGUCAAAAGUAUCACACCAAGAUGUUGGCUUCCCUGUGCACAUAAAAGUUAUGUUUAUGCUACGCUGUAGUCUAUUUAGUGUGCCACAGCAUUUUGUCCAAAAAACAAUGUACGUACCUGAAUCUGAAAUUACUUUACUGCUAAGCAUCACCUGAGCCUUCAGUGGGUCAUCAUCUUUCUGCUGGCGGAGGGUCUUCCUCCACGUACAUGGCUGCUGAGUGAUCAGGGUGGUGGCUGCUGAUGUUUGGGGCAGCUGGGACAGUUCCUUAAGAUAAGACAGCAGUGCAGUUUGCCACCUCGAUUGACCCUUCCUGUCAAAAAUGAUUUCUCUGUAGCACACAAUGCCAUCUGAUAGCAUUUUACCCACCGUAGAACUUCUUUCUAUGAACGGGUAGACAGAAGAAUUGGAAUCAGUCCUCUCGAACUCUGCUGUUGCUUUAUCAAUAAAAUUUAUGUAAUAUUCUAAAUCCUUUGUUGUCACUUCAACAAUGUGCACAGCACCUUCACCAGGAGUAGAUUC